UGGAUGCUUUCAGUGCGUAAAGUCUAUCUGGAUGAGCUUAAGCGGCUUAUAGUUUGUCAAAAUUAUGACGUCAUAUCUGCGGUUGUUGACUGUUUUCUUGAUAUGCACGUAUGACGCAAAAACGGCACCAACAAAUAGAGGUGCAAAGGUGACUGCAACAAUAAAUGCGGCAGAAGAGAUGUCUCACCAAAAGGUUGAGCGUGAAAAGAGGAAUAUUGAAGUGCCGCCACCGGAAAUUCUUCGUUUCAUGCGUCGCUUUGGUUAUUUGGAACCCAAUCCCAGCGAUUCGGAGUCACUUUAUCACGAGUCAGCAAUCAUAGAAGCCAUAAAAACUAUACAAAAAUAUGGAGCCCUCAAUCAGACCGGCGAGUUGGACAAUGAAACGUUGGAGCUCUUCAACAAACCACGUUGCGGUGUCCCUGACAUUGAAGGCACUCCCUAUUAUCUCACGAGUAGCACACAACGCUCAUUCGUUCAAAGUGUCAGAGACAAAAGACGUGACUCACAACGAGCAGAGGGAGAUUCUGCAAAGCGCCGCAAACGCUUUGUGAUCGGCGCGCCAACUUGGAGGAAGCGGCGUAUACGUUACUUCAUCGGCAAUUGGUCGCAGAAAAUUCCGCGCACUCAGGUCGAACGUGACAUUGCACGUGCUCUUGCGUUGUGGGCUCAAUACAGUGGACUUCGAUUUGAACGGACCAAUGACACAGAUGCUGAUAUAAUAAUAGGUUUCGGUAGGCGUUACCAUGGCGAUAACUUUGCUUUCGAUGGACCCGGCAAUAUAUUGGCACAUGCUUAUUAUCCAUAUGAAAUGGGCUCUUGGGGUGGUGACGUACACUUUGAUGAGGAUGAGAAUUGGCAGGAAAACUCAACAGAUCUCGCGACCGGUGUUGACUUCUAUGCUGUGGCGUCACACGAAAUUGGACAUAGUUUGGGCUUAGCGCAUUCACCACACUACAACUCCAUUAUGUUUCCAUACUAUAAAGGACCUGGUGCGGGUACGGUACUGGAUUAUGAUGAUACAUUGGCUGUGUAUUCCAUAUACUUGACUAAAGUUUUGGAGGACGACGUCACCACUGCGCCGGCCACAACAAUAAAACCAAAAAAUGUUGAAACCACCACUUCUAUUGAUGAGGAAAAGACACUAGAGCAAGUGACGAGGCGCUCGACUCCAACGUUUUAUGACGAUUAUGAAACUGUUAACCAACACAAAAGUCGGUUUGACUACAACACAACAACACAACCGGAACUAUCAACAAUCAAGGCAACGUCACGCACACCAACACCAGGAACAACCGCUUUAUGGCAAAAACCGGAAAUCUCCACUGUGCCAAAUAUAUGUCUUGGCAAAUUUGAUGCCGUAAGCGUUUUAAAUGGUACUGUGCACAUUUUCAAGCAUGAAUAUGUUUACAAAUUAACGCCGCGGUACACCGUUAUGAAUGGUUAUCCGCUGAGCAUUUAUGCGCUGUUUCCAUUUCUGCCGCCUGCAACUAAACGAAUAGAUGCUGCUUAUGAACGCUACGAUGGCGCUGGUGUAUUUUUUACAGGCGACAAAUAUUGGGUUUUCAGGUAUGAGCAAGGCACCCAGCCAGCUCUUAUUGAAAAUAGUCCACUUCCGAUAGAGAAUUUGAUUGAUAACGUUGCGAAUGUUGAUGCAGUUAUGCUAUGGCCGAAAAAUAAUCUGACCUACAUAUUUGCUGGUGACAAGUUUUGGCGUUUGAAUGAUCGUUUAAACUCGCUAGAUGUUGGCUAUCCAAAGUCGAUACGUCGUUGGCCGGGCAUACCGAACCAAAUUGAUGCAGCAGCAACAUUGACUAAUGGCAAAACUUAUUUCUUUAAAGAUAAUCUUUAUUGGCUUUAUGACAACAUCAAUAUUCGACCGAUGCGUGGCUAUCCGAGAAGAUCGUCAAGCGCUUGGUUGCACUGUGCAGCGACAACAAGAAGACCAUUACGUAAUCACAAUACAACCGUUACUUUUAUUUCAACUUAACUUUAUCGCCAUUUAUUUGUUGUGUUCGUGUUUUAGAUUUAGUUUUCGUCUUACUUGUAGUUUCAAUUUUAGUAAAUGACUUAAAUAAGGCAA